UGCUGGGAGAGAGCGAGAGGGAGGCGCCCAAAAUAAAGAUGGCCGCAAGUUGCGCCUGAGAUAUACGUUUUUGGUUGAUGCUAGACUUUGUGGCGGAGAGGUGUCUUCUGCCGGCGCCAUUUUGGUGAAGCCAAUCAGUUAAAGGCCGCAGAUCUGCCACCGGCUGUCUCCUCUAUAGGGGCUUGUCAUGGAUAUGUGCUGUGCCAGAUAGAGAUGCUGUGUCUGCUGGGGUAUCAGAUUGGCCACUAUGCGGGACUAGUGGCAUAACACAGUAAAUGGGGUAAAUCAUGUAUGUAUGGUGCAUACUUCUGAGCAUGUCAGUGUAAGCAGAUUUACGUGUGUAUAGAAGCUUGCCACAUUUCAGUCAGUGUGUGUAAUACAGCAUAUACUGCAAUUGUGGUACCGCUAGCGCCGUAUAAGCAUUGUGUGUAUGUUAGAGCCUGUAAUAUUCUAGCUGUGGUCUAUUUGAUGUGUAUGGCUAUGGCAGCUACAGCAGAACUCGUCAUGUACUAGGAUUUGUCGUUUCCCCGACAACCUCACACCAUGGCAAUCUUGCACAGUGGUGUGUUAUCCUUGGGUACGGCUGCAUUGUCUCCCUGUAAUCCUGAGCAGGAAUCCCAACCAAUAAUGUUACCGGUGUCCUCCCUUAUCUCCUAAAUGGCUUCUACCUGUGUUCUGAACAGCCUGAAUGUAAUAGGCCUGGUUGGUACUUUUCAGCCGCCUGUGACUAAAGGUGUUGAAUGAAUUGUAUUAGUAUAGAGGAGGUUAGGUAUGGAAGAGGAACAGGACAAAGGACCCGUUACUAGUUCCCCUAGAAAGCUACUGAAAAGGGCCAAAACAUGGGAGAUUUCGGAUUCUGAGAACGAGGAAGAGUCACUUAGUGUCAAUAAGGAUCCUGAGCCACAAAUAGAGGCUACAGAAUCAUCAAGAGGGGAUGAGGAGGGUCUUCGUAGCAAUGUAGGAGAUGGGGAACUAUUGCCGCCGGUGCUGGGGAGUCCUGGUGGAAACCCAGAAACAAAAGAUCUACCGAGCGGUGACCAGGAGGGUUCAGGCCUUACACCAAGAUCUAAAGACCCACCCGAACGCUCAGAGGAGGACAAUGAAGAUUCCCCUGUUGAUGUAAAUUUGUCCACCUUCUCCCUGCCUCUUCCCGGCCCCACCAGUCUCCAUGCAGGGAGGAAAACAAAGAGGAGGAAGAGUCCUGAGGAACUGGAGGCUGAGCGGGAGCAGUUGGAGGAGAGGAAGAAGGAGAAAGAGGCCAAGAGGCAGGAGAAUGAGAGAGUCCGCUCUCUGGAAAAGGCGGAGAAGGAGAAAAGAAAAGCUUCUGCGCUGGCGCUAAAGCUCCUGAGACCAGACCAGUGUGGAAAGUACAUGACAGUCAUCGUUGAUGCAGGCCUCCUCCAGGACGCGGGCUCAGAAGAUGUACUGGAAGCCUUGCAGACGGCUGAGUAUAAUUACUCCAUCGUGCCACAGUCUGUGCCGUGGAGCAUCGCCUGGAAGAGAGAGAUGCCUGGAGACUGGACAUGUGUAGAGGGUCUGGAGUUGUGUAAAGCGGAAGAAGAUGAGCUGAUGAUUCUGGUGGAGCCUGGAGAUUUUCUCACGAGUGUUCGCUGUCACGUGCAGGCACCUGUAACCUCCAGGUAUACGGAGACCCCAGCCUCUGUAUUUGCUAUGGCCAACAAAUACCCUGGAAAGAAGAUCACCCUGGUUCUGUUGGGGCUCCGUGACUAUCGUAGGUGUCAAAGACUGUCUCGCAGAAUGGAGAGACACUCGCCAAAGGCCAGAGAUGGGUGUGGCUGGGAGGACGGCCAAUCGGAAAGUCCUGUUACCAGGCAGCAGAUAGAUGAGGCCCUUGUCUAUUUGCAGCUUCAUCAGGAGACUGGAGUCCUAUACCUGGACACGUGGAAAGAACUCGGACAACACGUAUGUGCCAUGACGAAGAGUCUGGCUCAGCGUCCGUUCCGGAUGCACUGGGAGGCCCAGACGUACUCUUUCUGCACCUCGGCGGGGAGCUGGCGCGGAUGGGGACCCCGGGGAUCGCUCACAGGUUUACCCCUGGCUUGGAGGAGACAGAUCCAGCAGUUCAACAGAGUCAGUCCGGCAAUGGCUGCAUCCAUAACAGAGGCCUAUCCUUCUCCUCAGCUCCUCAUGCAGGCUUAUGCGGAGUGUAGUACUGAGCGUCAGCGACAAUCCCUCCUCUGUGACCUGCGUGUGCCGCGUAAUGCACGAGCCGCUGAAGAUGCUGAUGACCCCGAUGAGCAGGUCCGUGUCGAACUAGAUGUUGACCAAGCCCCGGACAAAGAGAGGCGCAUUGGCCCUGACUUGUCACGACGCAUCUGGCUCUUCAUGACGGCAACAAAUCCUGAACUGGUUUUGGACUUGACCUCCUAGCGCAUGAACUCCUACAUUGGUUUCUUGAAACUGGUCUUCCCGUUAUGCAGGCUGGACAUCUGACGGACAUCUCUAUUGAAGACUGCAUGUGUGCGGCUUUAAGAUGUCUUAUAUUUGGUGCUCAAAUGCUGUUUACAGUAAGGAGACUCCCAUUCAGUCCCUCCGAUUAAAAGGAUUAAAACUGCUGGAACUGUUCAA